AUGUUUAUCCAGAAAAAUAAAGAGGCACAGGACGUAACAGAAGUGAGUUAUGAAAUUGCAAACCUGAUUGCUAAACAUUCCAAGGCAUUUUCAGAGGGGGAUUUCAUUAAAAAGUGUAUUCUACUUGCUGCUCAAAAACUUUCUCCAGAUGUUUUGAAAAAGUUUGAGAAUAUCAGUUUGAAUCGUAUGACAGUGCAACGUCGUAUUGUUGAUUUGUCGGGUGAUAUAGUAGACCAGUUGAAGGAGAAAAGUAAACAAUUUGUGUACUUCUCCCUAGCCACUGAUGAAUCUACUGAUGUUACAUCUACGGCUCAGCUACUUGUAUUUGUACGUGGUGUGACAGAGGACUUUUCUAUUCAUGAGGAACUCGUAGGGCUCAGUUCAUUGAAGGGGCAGACAACUGGUAGUGAUUUACUUAAUGGACUUUUAGAACAAAUUUCAGUAAUUGAGUUAGAUUUGGACAAGUUAGUAGGAAUAUCAACUGAUGGGGCUCCUGCAAUGAUAGGCAAGCAGAAUGGAUUGGUGCAGCUAUUAAUUAAACACCUUGGAGAGCGAAAAUAUGAACUGAAACAAUUUCAUUGCAUAAUACAUCAACAAAAUUUGUGUGGAAAAGAACUGGACUUUGAUCAUGUAAUGAAAGUUGUAGUUUCUACAGUCAAUUUUAUCAAGUCACGCUCAGCUUUGCAUCACCGGCAAUUCAAGCAAUUUCUUGAUGAAAUUGAAGCAGAAUAUGGCGAUUUAGUGUUUUGUCACUCAAGUAAGGUGGUUAAGCAGGGGAAAUACGCUGAAAAGAUUUAUCAGUCUUCUGGAUGA